AUGUCUACCAUCGCAAGAUCUCCUCCUGGACAUAGUCUUAAGCACACAGCUUCGGAUUCCGAUAUUUCAACAAUUACUCCCUGUACCCCAAUGUCAUCGAAUAUUACGCUAAGAAGCAAAAGACCACGAGAGUCAAGCGAGGAAAAGUUUUCAACUUUUAAAGACGAAAUAAAAAACAUGAUAGAAAGUUGGAAAGAAACACAGAAUUCAAUGUUAAGCAAGCUUGUAUCGGAGGUAUCUGUUAUAAAACAACAAAAUAAUGAUAUCAAGAAAUCCAACGAAGAGAUAGAAAAAUCAUUAGAGUUUCUAAAUUUUCAUUUUGAAGAAAUGAAAAAGAAGAUAGAAAAUCUAGAGGCUGAGCGCAAACAGCACUUACUUCAAAUUUCGUCUUUAGAGUUAAAACUCGAUGAUAUAGAACGAAAUUCAAAACUAUCGACUAUUGAAAUGAGGAAUAUCCCAUUUAUUGCUCAACCAGAAUCAAAGGCUACUCUAAGUAAAAUUGUCCAAGAUACAUGCAAAGCCCUGGAUGUAAAUAUUCAACCUAAUAAUAUCCGGGAUGUGUAUCGACUAAACGGAAAAUCGGGCAAAAACACAGUCAUUGCAGAUCUAACGACUGUCAUUGCUAAACACGAUGUGAUUAAUGCUGCCAAAAAGUACAAUAAAGAUCAUCCUACACAACGACUGUCCACGGCCACAAUUGGAUUUCAAGGACCAAUUGCUCCAAUAUAUGUAUCGGAAGCGCUUACUAGUAAGGGACGCAGACUAUUUUUCUUAGCAAGAGACUUUGCCAAAUCUCACCACUAUAAGUUCUGCUGGACAACUCAUGGUAAAAUAUUCUUGAGGAAAGCACCUGACUCUCCCCACAUAGAAGUUAAGAAUGAAGAAUUAUUAGCUACCUUAAGAAAUCAGAAA